CUCCUAGCUUUUUUUUUUUUUUCCUCCCUCUCUGCAAGGCAUGUAAUGCUCAGCUUGGGUUUUGCCUAACAAAAGAGUGGGGAUAACAGCUGCUACGUUCAGAUUGGGAGGAUUAGCUGAAUUGUGGACUAUAAGAAAGUGGACAACUGUCCUCUAUGGGCCCUAAAUAUUAUUCCCUGCAAGGAUGGAUAUGCAUAUGGGGGUUUAAUCAUUGUCAUAUGUGACUCAGCUACAGGAAACACUGGAUCUGGUUUCGUACCGGGGAAAGAACAUGAAAUCUAUUUUGUACUCUACAACACAAUGAUGUACAUCGCGUCGUAAGGUGGGGAGAGCUGGUCGUAAGUCCGAGCAGUCGUUGAACAGGAUAAUGACAUGCACAAUGGAAAUGAAGAUACUAACAACGGACUUCAGCACAAAGGAAAGAAUCGGCAUUAUCGCUCCUAAAGUUUUCUAUGGAUGCUGUCAAAACCCAUACAGGAUUUAGUGGAACCUUCCAGACCUGGGAUGGAAAAUUACAGCUAUUACAAUAGUAACUGCUCCAUUGAUGACUCCUUUAAAUACAACCUCUAUGGAUCCGUUUACAGUGUGGUAUUUAUCUUGGGGUUAAUUACAAACUGCGCUUCCCUUUUCGUCUUUUGCUUCAAAAUGAAGAUGCAAAAUGAAACUGCUAUUUACAUGACCAAUCUUGCUGUGUCUGACCUACUGUUUGUAUUCACCCUUCCUUUUAAAAUAUUUUAUAACUUUAACCGCCACUGGCCCUUUGGGGACACUUUAUGUAAGAUAUCAGGCACAGCAUUUUUGACCAACAUUUACGGAAGCAUGCUUUUCCUGACUUUUAUCAGCGUAGAUCGGUUCUUGGCCAUUGUCUACCCAUUCCGGUCUCGAACCAUUAGAACACGAAGGAAUUCUGCUAUAGUAUGUGCAGGCGUUUGGAUUCUAGUCCUCAGUGGAGGCAUCUCUGCUUCGCUUUUCUCCACCACCAAUAAGUCCACAAAAAGCACCACAUGUUUUGAAGGCUUCUCCAAAAACAUAUGGAAGACCUAUUUGUCGAAGAUUACCAUUUUUAUAGAGGUGGUUGGGUUUCUUAUUCCCUUACUGCUGAACCUGACUUGCUCCUCGCUAGUUCUGAGGACAUUAAGAAAGCCUGCGACUUUGUGCCAGAUUGGAACCAACAAAGAAAAAGUUCUGAAGAUGAUUGUUGUCCAUAUUGCCAUUUUUGUUGUGUGUUUUGUCCCAUAUAAUUCCAUCCUUUUUCUUUAUGCUUUGGUUCGGUCACAGGCAAUAGCAAACUGUUCAGUUGAGAGAUUUGCCAGGACAAUGUACCCUAUAACCCUUUGCAUUGCAACAACAAACUGUUGUUUUGACCCCUUUAUCUACUACUUCACUUCCAAAUCCUUUCAAAAAUCAUUUAACAUGAACCCUCUCAUAAAAAUGGAUACCCUGUUUAAGGUAGAUUCUUCGGCAAAGAUUGCUUUUCCAGCAAUGCAAGAGGAUCUAACUGAACAGAUGAACAUUAACAAUGGAGGAGCGCUCAUUCCAGAAUCAAACUUUAAGGACUAGAAAUCUGUGCUUUAGUAUAAAAUACAAAAGUCUCUAGUGACUGGAACUUUAAUUUAUAAAGACAGCUUUUGAGCUUCAUGGUCAGUAUUAUAGAUGGUAUAAAUGUGUAUAAAGAUAGUUUUAAUUUAAUUAGAAAAUACCCUGUAUACUGUAAAAAGCUUCAAGUGUGGUUUGUUCACAAAAAGAUGUGUUAAUGUUUUUUUGGGGUUUUGUUUGUGUGUAAAUAUUCAACGAAAAGUAUUGUAGAUGUAUGUGUUCCCCUGACAUUGUUAUACUGUUUGGCAUUUUGAAUGUGAAAAAAAUGGUCAUAUACUAUGUUCUGGGUAUUUUGAUUUAUUUAUUUGAUUCUCUAAAUUGGAAAGGACGGGCAAGAAAAUAUGCUUUUAUUUUAGCAAAUCUAUGGCAUUUUGUUCUCAUGUCAGGUUUUUCAAUGCAGAAGAUACUUAUAUUUGCAGACCUUUACUUAUAAAGUAGAAGUCUAUUUUAUUUAUUUUUUUAAUUGAGCAAUAAGGAGUGAUCAAAAUCUUAACCGCUCACCUUUGGGUGUCAUCAUUGGAGGAAUUAUUGAUCUACUUUGUGGAACAUUUCUGGUUUACAUACAAAUUGGCCCUAGUGCACAGCUAAGCUUGCACAGUGGUUGUAUUGCAGAUUGCCCAACAUGGCACGUGAGCAUGUAAGUUUUGGUGGCACUCAGCUCUUUAAUGGAAGGACUUUUUCUCAACAACUAACUCCUGUCUGUUUGUUUUUUAAUAGAGUUCAAAAAUGUAUCUGUGGACAUCCACUUUCCAGUGGUGAACUCUGAGGAGUUCUGGUCACAUGAGAGAGAUGCUAUAAGUUUCUGACUCUUCUCAACCAAGGAACUACGAACAUGAUUUUUGGUCCCAUGCCUCAGGUAGAGGAUCAUAUAUAGAACAAAGUGUAUGCUAUCUGAAAUUGGGACCACUAGUGUAGCCGUGGGCAAAAGUUUUGAGAAUGACGCAAAUAUACAUUUUCACAAAG